UCUAAACUUCGAGUCAUCUUAUUCUUUUCAUAUCUUAACAUUGUUUAUUACUUAUUUACGAUGGGGCUGAAGCAAAAGAUUCUAGUGGUUGGUGCCGGGCCGGUGGGAUCCCUUGCGGCACUGUAUGCUGCCAGCCGAGGUGAUAAAGUGGAAAUCUACGAGCUUCGAAGUGAUCUGCGGGACCCCUCAACAACACCACUCAAUUUCACCCGAUCCAUCAACUUGGCCCUCUCGGAGCGUGGCAUCAAUGCUAUGCGUCAUGCCGGCCACCAGAAGCUCAUUGACCAUGUCAUGGGGGCUACCAUCCCAAUGCGAGGCCGCAUGAUCCAUGGAAAACGAGCAGACGGGAGUCUUUAUGAGGAACCGCAAGACUACGACGCACACGGACGGUGUAUCCUCGCCAUUGACCGCGGCGGGCUCAACAAACGUCUCCUCGACAUUUUGGAUGAAAUGCCGAAUGUCACGUUCUUCUUUAACCAUAAGCUCACAGGGGCCGAUUUUAAGAAUAACAAAGCUUGGUUCGAAGUCCGGGAAAACGGAAGCGUCAGUCAGGGGCAGCGACCUCGGGAAAUCGAGGUUGACUUUGACUUUAUGAUCGGCGCUGAUGGCGCCCACUCAGCAGUCCGGUACCACAUGAUGAAGUACACACGCAUGGACUACCAGCAAAUGUACAUCGAUACCCUGUGGUGCGAAUUUCAGAUUCCGCCCAAGACGAUAGACCCCGAUGCGAGUUUGGGUUCCAAGUUCUCGAUAUCCCCCAACUAUCUGCACAUCUGGCCCGCUAAGGAGUUCAUGUUCAUUGCCAUUCCAAGCGAGGACGGUUCCUUCACCUGCACCCUCUUCGCCCCAGCUGUCGUGUACGAGCACCUCGAGUUCGACCCGGCCGGCUCGCUCAUCCCGCGCUUCUUCGACAAGCACUUCCCCGGCGUGACGGCCCUAAUCCCGCCCGCGGACCUGAUCACCCAGUUCCACCGCAACCCGCACCUCCCGCUCAUCAGCAUCAAGUGCUCCCCGCACCACUACGGCUCGUCGGCAGUCAUCCUCGGCGACGCCGCCCACGCUAUGGUGCCCUUCUACGGCCAGGGCAUGAACGCGGGGCUUGAGGACGUACGCAUCCUGUUCGACAUCCUCGACAAGCACGCCAUCCUCGAUGAAAUGAGCUCCGGCGUAGACCGCGCCGCGUCGCGCGCCAGGGCGCUGGCCGAGUACACGGCCGUGCGGAUUCCCGACGCGCAUGCCAUCAAUGACCUGGCGCUGCAGAACUAUGUCGAGAUGAGGGCGUCGGUGCUGAGCCCGCUGUACCGGCUGCGCAAGUUCCUUGAGGAGUCGCUGUCCAAGUAUGUGCCGUCGCUCGGAUGGCAGACCAAGUAUGCGCGCGUGUCGUUUGGGAAUGAGCGGUACUCUGAGGUUGUCGCCAAGAGCGAGCACCAGGGCAGGAUGUUGGUGCGUGGGAUGGCAGGGCUGGUUGGGGUGCCGCUCCUCGCGGGCGGGAUCGUGCUGGUGCUGCGGUACAAGAAAGCUUUGGGUGUUGGGCUGAGUGCAGCGUUUGGAUCGGUGGAUUCCAUGGUCGAGCUCAUGGCCAUGAAGGUGUGAUGGUGGAGCGAGAGAGAUCUAUUUCUUGGUUAUCAGGAGCGGUGGCAGUGUCUGUAUAUUUGGAUGUCUGGCUGCAUAUUCAUAUUUGGGAACCAAAUGAAAGGUGGACCUUGACAUUGAGCCACUUCUGUGGGCAGAGGAUAACGGGGACUGCUCCGACCAUGAGGAUUGGCACCACGAGAUCAGGGCACAGUGCCAUUGUCGCUGUUCAGAGUCCUACUUCACAGUGACUUGAAAAGCAACCGCGUCAUCAAAUUGAUAGCCGUAGUCCAGACUGAGACAAGAGCAAAUAUCUGUCUACUCGUCAC